AUGCUUUUACAAGAUUAUUGCAGUGCCUCCACUGUUGGAGUUCUAUGGUGGAAGUCUCCAGUGGCUGUUGAUGGUGCCAUUGACGAAGCCUUCUUUGUUCUUGAUGUUGAGAGCCAUGAGCAUGGCACGGCUCCAAGUGCUUUGGUAACUAUUGAGACUAUGCCUUCAAUUCCAUUCUUCAUCUUCCUAGUCGCAGUAUUCUUGCUCAACCCAAAAUGCAUAUUAGAGUGCCGAGCCGGGGCGAUCAGGCUUGAACGACCAAUGGAACGAGAAUUGGAGGGUACCAGAAAGCACUUUGUUCUAGUUCAUGGGUCUAACCUUGGAGCAUGGUCCUGGUACAAGCUUAUCACCCUACUCAAAUCCGCCGGUCACAACGUCACAGCCUUGGACCUUGCUGCAAACGGGAGGGACCCGAGGCGGCUUGAUGAGGUCGCCUCCUUUUUUGAGUAUACGCAACCAUUGACCGACUUCAUGGCCUCCCUGCCUAACGGGGAGAAGGUGGUCCUAAUUGGUCACAGUUACGGUGGCUAUUCCAUUUCUCUAGCCAUGGAGCGCUUCCCCGAAAAGAUCCCCGUUGCAGUUUUCCUCACUGCCUUGAUGCCGAAUUAUAAGGAUCCACCCAUUAACCUCCAAGAAGCAUAUUUCAACGCGACCUCGUCAGACUCUCUCUUAGAUUCCACAAUUGUAUAUGAUUCGAAUCAUCAGCCCGUAUCCGUACUCUUUGGUCCAAAAUACAUUGUAGCUAAGGUUUAUAAUGACUCCCCAACAGCGGACCAGGAAUUAGCUAUAACAUUGGUGAGGCCAACUGGGUUUUACUUGAAUGACUUAAAAAAGUCUCUACUGACACAGAAUAAAUACGGGUCGGUCACUCGUGUUUUUAUAAUAAGCGGAGAUGAUCAAGUCGUGCCAGUGGAUUUCCAGAAAUAUAUGAUUAAGAAUAAUCCUCCUAAAGAAGUGAUGUCCAUAGCUGGAUCUGAUCACAUGGUCAUGACUUCGAAACCAGUAGAGCUUUACCACACUUUGCAGCAGAUUGCUGAUAAAUAUGAUUGA